AUGGCAAGAUCAGUAUGGCUCGAUCUUCGAAGUCGAAAAGAGAAUACAGUUCUGCAAGAGCAUCACGAAGCAUUCAAGCUUAUCCGACAAGAGCUCACUUCUCCUGACUCUCAAACACCACAAAUGAUUUCAUUGAUAGGAGGUAAGGUCAAGACCAGUCUUAUGCAAGACAUUUUCGCUAUCAAGUGUAUACCUGGUCACAAUAAGAUACAUCUUCGCCUAGCUCCUCCCCAUGACAAAACAAGGUCGCCUAUUCUAUUGGCAGAUUGCGAACUCCACAGAGCUUCUCACAUAGGAAAAGACCUUCGAAUUCGAGUUCCUGGUUACGAGGAUCAACAUAUACUUCAAUGGCAUAAUGUCCCCGAGGAGUUGGACGCGAGUACGCUGGCAAAGAUUCUCUACACACAAGUUGUCAUACCUUUCAGUACCAUAGUAUGUCUGUUCGCAGAUGACUUUGGGGGCACCAAAGGCGUCGCGCAAAUUCUUGCUUACUGGCUCCUAACAGAGUGGCAAAAAGGGGGCAAGGGAAAGCGCUUCAUGACCUUGCCUCCAGGGACAUAUCCAAGAGUAAUCAUAUUGCAAAGGUGGCAAGAUGCUGGCGCAACCUAUGAUGAGAAGUUGGCUACUGUUGCUUUUCUGCGCGAAGUUCAUCAAGAGGUCAAUACUAAGCGCUCCGGACAAAUAGCACUUAGGCCGCUUGAUGCUGCUGGAAUAGAGGAUUUGGUGAAAGAGAACUUUGGAGACAUAUGUUUAUUGGCCCUCCCGAACUCAGCUGCGGAAGUGAUAAGUCUCCAUCCUUACUUGGAAAAGCUACAUCGCAGGAUCCUCCACGAGUCUGAGAAUGUUCAAAUCCUUCGAAGAGCUGCCAAAAUUUCGUUCACAGCUACACAUCUUGAAGCUUUCUUCAGCCUGGCUUGCAAACACUUUGCAAAUACCAUUGAGGAGUCAUUCUGUUUUGUUAAAGCUUCAAGAAUAUUCAAUCCUCCCUCAGUUAAUCUUGCAACUCAUGUGUCUGCAUUACUCAAACUUAACGAGACUGAGCUCCAUAUCAAAUUCGCUGCACCGGUGAUAGCAUCGGCGAUCUGUUUGGACAGUUUGACGCCUCAAAUGCACCAAUUUGAUGCACAAUUAGUCUUUGACAGACACUACGCAGACGCUUUGCAGAAAUUCAAUACAACUAUUUAUAUCGGCCACAGAUAA